AUGGACAUAAAAGGAUUUAAAUUGCUACCUUCUCAUAUUGGUAAAUUGACUGAGAAGAUAUUCGAUGAAUAUUCGAUAUAUAUAUUUAAUAUUCCAUCAAAUAUAAUUGAUAAUUAUCUUCCAAAUAAACUUCAUGCUUUUGUUUCUAAAACAUGGAAAAAUUUGGCCAAACAUUAUUUUUUUUAUUCAAAACCAAUUAUUUUUGCUUCUCGAUCACAAAUACGUAACAAUGUUGAGUCUUUAUCGAAUUUAAUAUCAUUAGAAGAUUUUUUAGAAGAUUUUUUAUCAAAAAAAGAUUCAAGAUUACGUUAUAAUUUUGUAAUCACUCGUAAUUCAUUAGUAUUUGCUCGAAUUCCUCGUAUUCGUCAUAUAUCAUAUCAUCUUCUUUGUAAACAUAUAACAUUAUCAAAUAGAUCAACAAAUGUUAGAUUUGCUGGAGAAUUUUGGAUUGAUCAAGAUUAUUAA